AUGCGUCCUCCAGCCCAGACCGUCGAUCAUAAUCACACCUUGAUACGAGGGAAACUCUCAGCUGAACACCACCUAUCCAAGGGUACCGCUAUCAAGAACAGCAUUCUACCCCUGUUGAGAUCGGUCCCAACAGACCAGCAGCCCUUGUUAAGACAAGACUCAGCGCCAUCAAUAUAUACUCAAUCACAAUCACAAUCUCCAUCCCCAUCGCCCAAUCUCUCCUUCAUAGACAAAUAUGGCCGUUAUCGCCAGAUGGUACACUACGGCUCGAACAGCACAACCCGUCUCCACGAAAGCAAAACAAAGCAAGCAAGCGAUAGUCAACUAGUCGCAAUCAAAGUAUAUCGACGCUCCAUCCUCAGAGGUCCCCCAAGCUCUUCCCACUCAACAUCCCUCCAUCCAAGCCACCCCAACAUCCUCCCAAUCCUAGACAUCCUCCAUAACGAACGCGCCGAGCUCUGCCUGGUAAUGCCAUACUGCGCCGGCGGCGACCUCCACACCCUCCUAUCCCGCAAAGGAGCCCUCCCAACCCAAGAAGCGGACUGUAUCAUAACCCAGAUUCUGCGCGCGCUUGCCUCCCUACACGAUCACGACACGGCGCACCGCGAUGUCCGUCUCGAGACAGUCCUGCUCACUGCCAACGGGGCUGUAAAGCUAGCCGGGUUUGGCGAUGGACAUAUCCGGCGGAUGUGGGAGGAGUCCGCUAAGGCUGGGCGAGGAGGAAUACUUCCCCGCGACCACAGCCAUCUACACAUGGCUGUCAUUGCAAACUCACCCACUGCUUCGUUUGUGGGUAUGAGACUCCCGUAUAUUGCCCCCGAAGAAUUCGACCUUCAUUUUCAAUCUCGUUGCCAUGAUGAACAUGAUAAUCAUGGUGAUUGUGAUUCUCGUCCUGCUGAUGUGUGGGCCACUGCUGUGGUUUACAUGGCCCUCGUCACUGAUCGGAUUUUGUGGCGUAGUGCGCGUCCUAAUCAGGAGGAUGCGCGGUAUCUGGAGUAUCUCCAUUCUCGUAGCGGGGAGGACGGAUACCCGCCUAUUGAGGCUCUGGGGCAGAGACGACGCAAUGCUAUCUAUGCAAUGUUGCACCCCUGUUCGUGGAAGCGUAUCACAACUGCGAAGUUGUUGCAAUCAGAAUGGAUAAAUAGUGUGGUGGUUUGUGAAGCGGGUGCGAAGGGAUAUUGA